GGCUUUGUUUACGGGAGCGAGCGGGCGUUGCACCGCGUCUCUCCCCAGCGCGCACGCGUCAUUAAUUUAAAAAUAAAACUUCUAUUUGCUUCACCACAUCCUGUGCUUCAUGACUAAUGUAACUCAAAACUUAGUAAUUACUCAUUUCUAUAACUCUUUAAGUCAUAACUAAGUUCGCAAACAAAACAAAAAAGUUUUGAUUCGCAUUCCUUUCGAGACGUGCAAACUUGUGAUAAAUAUUGUGGUUUUAUUUUGUUUAUUCGAAAUAAAAGUUUAUAGUGGUAUGCAACCGCGUCUGCUUCGUUGUGUAAAUAUUUAAAACCAAACAUAGAUAAAUAAACAAACUUUUUUUAGUGUGCACGUGUAUCAUCAACCUCCUUGAUAUGGCUGGUGUCUAAAAUUCUAAAUUGUAGGAGAUCGAAAAUGGAUUGGCGCGAAAAACUCUUUGGGAAGGUGUUAGUCAAGUGUGAAUCGGGGACUCAGAAUGGUAAAUUCGAGAAUAUAUCAACGUUGGAAGCUUUAUCCGACUGCGUGGAAGAGGGUGAGGGUUCCGUGUGUGGGAUUUACUUUUCUUUCGCGAACAUAAGUGAUGCUAGUGACGAUUUCGGAGUGCGUUUGGAAGAGGUAUACAAGAGAGUGCAUCCUCGGCUGAAGGUGGUGCAGGUCGUGCUGUGGGCGCAUGUUGGCACUCCUGAGGGUCUGGUGGAGAGGGAGGCAGGGUUUCGCAGGAGUUUGACGGGAAAGCCCUGGUUCGCGGUGCCCUUUCACGAUGUUGAUACGAAGCGCCGCCUUACCCAAAAAUACAGCAUCGCCGUCGGAGUCCCGACCCUGGUCAUCCGCGGCCGUCACGUACGCGACGCGCUGUUAGACGACGCGCUGGGGGAGAGGUUUCCCUGGCCCCCUCCCCCCCUGGCGGAGGUGCUGAGAGGUGUGCAGCUGCAGGGGGAUGGGGGGAAUAAGCUGUAUGAACAGCUGCCCCCUGAUGCUGUGAGGGUGUUCUAUUUUGCGGCUCAUUGGUGUCCUCCAUGCCGGUCGUUCUCGCCGAGCCUGUGCGCGGCGCUGUCGGCCGUGCGCAAGCGACGCACCAAGUACGCCAACACGCAGCUUAUACUCGUCUCCAGUGACAGGAGCGAACAAUCCUACAACCGCACGGUACAAUCCGUCUCCUCAGUUGGUGCACUCUCCGUGCCCUGGUCAGCCACGGACGCGCGUCUCACCAUGCCUGCAGCACUGGGCGUCGCAGGGAUACCGGCGCUCGUCAUCACUGAUGGAGCCGGCAAGAUUCUUACUGCUAACGGCAGGCAGCAUUUAUCUGCUGAUCCGCUUGGAUUUAACUUCCCGUGGGCGCAACGACCAGUGUCAGUACUGACGGAGCAAGCGUUGCUGAAAAUGGCGCGACACCCGGCUGUCGUUCUAUUUAUUGAUGACGAAGACUCAGAAAUCGAAUUUGCCGAAUCCGUCAUAACACCUUCAGCAGAAUCCUACUACGAAGAAUGCAGCAUCCAGUUCCCAGGCUUCUGUCCUUACCAGAACUCCUCAGACGAUGAGACCAUGGACUUCGACUACCCAACGUCGCGUCACUCCAGACUGAAGAAAAAGCCUUUUAAACACGUCAUGUUCUACAUAGGGAUCGAUGGAACUGAUAGCGCAGAUAUGCUAAGGGAACAUAUAGGUCUCGACGAUGCAGUUCCGUUGUUAACCUCCAUAGAUUUCCCCAAACAACGCAUGGUCACCAUGAAGUAUGGUGAUGAAAUUACCACGGAUUCAGUCCAGAAUUUUGUUGAUGCGUACUUGAGUGGGAACGCUGAUUUUAAGCCUUUGAAACCCUAUAGUGAGAAGUGUUAGAGGUCAAGAUAUGAAGAUUUGGAGUAUGACUUUUACCUGAUGACUGACAUACAAGUUUUUUUCUACUGUUUUCUACCAAAACAUUCAUUUUGACAGUUCUCGUUAAGUAACUGUUAGUCUGAAAUAGGCUACCUACAAUUAACAGCGUCCAGAGCGAUGUCUGCCAAAGCGCUUAUUCUUUCUAAGGAGAUUAGCCAGCUGCGCAGGACAUAAUUAUUAUAGUGAACGAGCAUUUGCCCAGGCAUAGGUACAUUCCCUAUACCUUCUCCCCUAUAGUCUCAUAGCCCGAUGGGACGGCAAUGCGACACGGUUGGAGAGAGAUGAGGACCGACAGCCUUAAGAUGCUCUCCCAGGCACGGGUAUCACCACCAACUACCUUCUUCUUCUUCUUGGCGAGUCGAUGGCAACUUAAAUUUUGGAGGCCCAAUAUUUCGCUACGCAUACGGCAUUGUCAGUAGUGUUAUAAAGGUCAUCCACUAUGCAGCUGUCGGGCAGUGGGCAGCAUAGAAGAUGCCGCAUGGUUUGUGGUAUGGCACCACACCCGCAGCUAUUGUCGUCAGUGUAGCCCCACUUACAUAGGUUUUCCCUGCACCUGCCUACCUGUGCACGUAGCCUGUUAAGAGACUUCCAUACAGGCCACGGUUGGUCGUAACCUGGUGGAAGCUAUUCCACGGGUGGAAGGAAGUCAGGUAGAGCAAGUUCUUCCCAUUGUUCAAUGCGGGUCUUAGGAGCAUCUUUAACUGGGGCUACAUUGGCGAGGAAACUGUUCCUGCUUUUUAGUCACCAACUACCAGACUUCGCAGUCAUAAUGUGGUUAAUGAGGUAAACUUUUUUGACGAGAGAUGCAAUGUGGUGUCCCUACAUUUUGAGUAUGGCGACUUCCAUCUUCGCCAACUUCGGACCGGUAUAGUUACAUGACGAGAACUGUACAAAAUCAUCUUUAUAGUCAUACUUCAAAGCGCACAAUUUCAGUUGUUUUGAGUCUAGCCUUAAUUACCUACAUUUGUUAUUCCAGUAUUAUUUCAAUAGUUCUUUAGAAGUCAUUGUAAAAUAUUUUCAGUAAAUUCAGUAGUGAUUAGAAUUUAGCUAUUUGUAUUGUUUAAAUGGUUAGUUUUACAGUAAUAUGUAUGAAAUGUAGGCAGGAUCUCAUACAUUUUUGUAUGGGGGAUUGAAUUGUAAUGCUAGUUAAAUAAAAAAGUUAUUUCAAACACAGUAAAAAGGUGUAUAUCUGGCAGAGUUGUAUUUCAUUGAUUUUUAAGUGCGAUGCAAAGAUGCAAUGUAAUAAUUACCUAUAGUGUAUUGUCUCCAAAACUUGGAAAAUCAUAACAAACUUAAUAUAAUGUAGCUCAUUUUCAUUCUAUGUAAUAAUAAGUUAUGGUUUUACCCAAAUAAAGAUUAAGAAAUAAAAAUCUGAGAAUAGAUCAUC